CAAUAUUUUAUUUAGUCAGCGAGAAAAAAGGCGUUGUUUGAAGUUGUAAAGUUCAUUUGCACUUUGCAACCGACCGGAAAAACAAUAACAUGAAAAUGCAGGAAACAGUUCUAGUUGCAUGCUUCGUGCUUGCAUUCUUCCAAAUGGGAGAUGCAUUGCAGUGCUAUCAAAACACAAACGCAAACUCAACCAAAACACUCUCUGACUGUCCCCAAGGUGUUACAAACAUGAGAUGUUUGGGAGGAAAAAUGACUGCUUCUAUGACAGCAAUGGGCACCGUUCAGAAAACUACACGGGAAUUUUUUAUGUGCACUCUAGACGGAAUGUGUGCGUCAUUCUGCAAAACUCAGGAAGAUCAGAUGAAAAAAAAUGUACCUGACAUAAAAAUUGACAGUUGCAAGAGUUACUGCUGCACUGGCGAUGGAUGCAAUAAAGCUGCAGAACAAUCGACGAAUGAUGGAUACUUUUUCGUUGCCAAUGCUAAACUUGUUGGAGUUAUUGUGAUGUUUUCAUGUGUCUUGUUUUCGUAUAUUUAGAGAGACUCAUGUAGCUUAGAUCAUUCGUUCCGUUGUCAAAUUUUCUUUUUUAGAAGUUAAGUUUUGUGUGUUUGUAAUAAAAACUUAUUCUGACUCUCUUUAUGCGGUUUAAAAAAAAACGUCGUGCUACGGGCGCACGGAAUAGUGUGUUUCAAGGACAGGCACAUAAUGUGAGAGAACUUAUAGGACAUAGCUAGACUGUUGUUGACGGAUUUGCAAUUGUAAGCAUAAUUUGAAAAAUUUUUUAAAAAUUCUGAUAAA